AUGGCAACAUCUCCCCAGGACACCGAACACGUCCUCAAAGACUUCUUGGCCUUUCCCUUUCACGAGGACAGUGCCUUUCUCGAAGGCCUUCAGUUGCUGCUAGGUCAACCCAUUGUCGAGUCGCUUCAACGAGGGGGCCCCAUUACUCCGGAGCUCGAACAGUCGCUCUUGGGUCCUAAACUCUUCUACUACAACAGACAACACGGAACAAACCUCACCCCCGAGCUCGUCAACGAAUACACUCGGGCCCAACCACAAACUACUGCCCAACCCUCAACGCCCGACGAGGACCGCCAGCUAAGUCUCGCAGAGCUCACACGCCUCAUCGAGACCGGACAAACGCACCUAAUUCCCCAUAACUACACGAUCCCUGAUGGGGUCCAGGCAAGUUCGAAUUCUCCACUACCGCACAUGCCGCAGCUCACCCGCCGGUUGGCUAUUUAG